AUGGUUUGUCUUCCUCUAGGACAAAGUCUGUAUCUAAGCAGUUUGAAAAUCAAAAUCCCAUCUGUUGAGCAAGACAGAUUGUCUCUGUCAUGUGGUAUUGGUAGAACUAAAGAUUUGUUAAUGCAAACAGAAGAUGAUUAUAGCAGACAAGUGAGAAAACCAGAAGGUACAAAUGCAAUUAGAAAAUCAGAGGCUGAACACAAUUUGAAUGGUGAUGGCAAUGCUAUACCUCUUAAAUACUUGUGUCCUGAACCCUAUCCGGAGGAGAAUUUGGAGUUUCUUAAAUCACAGAAUAUUCGUCUAUUUCAAUUUGGAAUUGAGGGGAAAACGGAAGUUUCUUUACCUAUUCUCAGUGAUUCUAUUAUGGAGGCUUUGAAAAUUUUACUUGAUGUGAGAAAUCACCCUGUUUUGAUUCAUUGCAAACGAGGAAAGCAUAGAACAGGUUGUGUAGUUGGUUGCUUCAGAAAGAUGCAGAACUGGUGUCUGUCUUCUGUGUUUGAGGAGUACCAGCGCUAUGCUGGUGCUAAAUCCAGGACAGUGGAUUUAACAUUUAUAGAGAUGUUUGACAUCAUAAAUCUUAGGCAGUGCCUCUACAGCAUCAUCUACCAGUAUCAAGGUGCUUCAAAGAAGCGCAGAUUGAUGUAUCAAGGCAAGACUACGCAGAAGCCACCCCGUUUGACAUCGUUUUAGCUGCUGCACUGGCUAUCAACUCCAUUUUUGGAUUUGGUAGAGAACUCAUACUUCAAAGUAAUUUUUUGGAGUCUUUGAACAUAUAUCCUUAGGGUUUUUAAAGAUCUUUUGAGUACUGCUAUUGA